GCAUUGAUUGUAUUCGUUUCCUAUCUUCCUUCUAAUCGUAAACGAGGUGACCAUGGAUCAUACUCAGUUUUCCAUGGAUAUUGCCGGUGUGCGUGCAAUGAUUGAACAAGAAACCCUAACGAGAUCUCACUCUCACAAACGGGCGCAAGAACUCAUUACAAGUCUCCCUAAGAUCUCAGAAACCGAGCUUAAAGACUUGGGACAUUCUGAGUCUGUUUGCCCCAUAUGCUUCAAUACGUUCUUGGCCAUCCUGGCUGAAGAGGAAAUGGCACUCGCGAUGGACUCCCCCGCGCACCCAAUAGAGGAACUGGGCGUGACGAGGCUCCACGAAACAUGCGGACAUAUGUUCUGCCGAAGAGAUAUCACGAAGUGGAUACGAGACGGUCGCGAGUCUUGUCCGACUUGUCGCAGGGCGUUUCUUACAAACACGGCUAAUAGUGACCAGCGUGAGACGGAGUCUUCUUUGCCAAAUGAUUUUACCGAAUGGAUUGUCGAGAGCUCCAUGGUUGCCAGAGAAUCUGGCGGCACAGGCUUACUACCUAUUCUGGGAGUCCCCUCGGUGGCGAUGGGUGGCCAUCCAUUUGCGCAGCAACGGGUAAACCGGGACGAAUUUUCUGGGAUGUACUCCUAGCUAGUUUGUAUCACACGUUCAAUUUGACACUAAAGCCCGCCCUUCAUUAAUCCAUUCAUUGAAUAACCAUCUAUUACUCUUUU